CAGAGAAUUGUCAUAGAUUUUCAUGCCUAAUACGUCAUCAUCGUUUGAUCCUGUUCCACUGACACCGAAAACCAUCAAGAUCCUGGACGGCGAGAUCUUGUACAAGCAGAGCUCUCUCUCCCUUUGUUCGAUGGACUGCUGCGCCCCGACUUGCGCGUGCAUGGAAGACCAGCAGCGUUUGCUGGUCCUUCCGGUGGUUGACAGCAACCUGGGGACGUCUCAGCCCGAGAUGCUUGCAGAGGAUUGCGAUCUAUGGAAGCACUUCGACUACAACUUCAACCUCGAGACGGACGGGAGGAAGGUGAAAUGGCCUGAAGGAGCUCAAGGGGAAGGGCCAGGAUCGAGCCCGGCGAAAGGGGACGAGGAACAACCUGCAAUGCUUCCGCCUCCACAGGGAGUGUUCCAGAGGACGCGGAGCAGCGGGGCGUGCUCGAAUCGAAGCUCGUCGAGGUUCGGGCGUCUUCCGAGUACCCCACAAGGAGAACGAGCAAACACGAGCAUCCUCUUUGGAAGAACAAAGAGUUGUGAGGGGGGUACAGACGCAUCUCGAGCGGCGUACAACCGAAAGAUUGGGGCGGAGCUUGAGGAGGAAGAGCAGAAGCAUCUCUUAUUCGGAAGAUGCUCAUCCGCCUGAAACAUGUACAGUAGAGGAAUUCAUGUGCGAUUUUAGAGAAGUUUUGUACAAAAGUCAGAAUGAAGUCGAAAUAUCAC